AACCAACGUGGCAAGUGUUCGUUGGAUUUGGAAAGAACAACAUGUGAAGGAAAAUCAAAAGAGUUAACGAAUUCAACUUCUAAGUUGAUACCUCAAAGAUGAUAUUUGACACAAGUAGAAGAACAACAUCAUCAUCAUCUACAAUGUUCCAUUCGACAUGUCUAAACCUUUUCUAACUCCAUAAGUACACUAAGAUUUUACUUCACCCUUAUUCAAUAUUCCCCAUGUCCACUCUUGUACAAUUCUCCAUCAAAUUUUCACACUUGAAACCCAAUGAUAGCAUAUACAAGACACAACCCACUUUUUCUUUCUCCAAUUUAGACCCAAAGUUUAAUUCUUUUCAUCUGGGUAGUUUCAAGUUGAGAGCAUGCAGGGAUAGGUGGUCUUUUUUGGGAGGUGCAGUGUUUAAAAAUGGAGGUAUGUGUGAAGAAAAGGGGUGCAAGAAGGAAAAAAGAGUGGUUUUGGUGAAGAAUAAUCAAGGGUUUGGAUUCAAUAACGGUGGUGGAAGAGAUGAUGGUAGCACUGCUAGGAUUUUGGGAAAUCUUGCUCUGGCUGCUGGGUUGACUUAUCUAUCAAUGACUGGACAACUUGGCUGGAUAAUUGAUGCUAUUGUUUCCAUUUGGAUCUUUGCAGUGUUAGUACCGAUAGUAGGUAUUGGUGCUUUCCUUUGGUGGGCAGGUCGAGAUAUAAUGAAAGGCACUUGUCCAAACUGUGGAAACGAUUUUCAGGUUUUCAAAUCCACUUUAAAUGAAGAAUUGCAGUUGUGCCCAUUUUGCGGUCAACCUUUUUCUGUUGAUGGUAAUGAGUUUGUCAAGGAACCUGUGAAUUUUUCAAACCAAUCUACAACAUUUGGACAAGCAUUCGACAAUUUCUCGAGUUCUAAAAAUGACAAGGAUUCUGGUAAAGCAAUUGAUGUUGAGGCCGAAAUAAAAGAUGCAGAUUGAGUCUUCACAGAAUAUAUACCAUGUUAGGUGACUAUGCUGAAAUCAAUUCUCAUUCAGUUAAACAGGUCGUGGCUUGCAUUUUCUGGUGCUUAAGGCGCAUCGAGUGAAGCACAUUCUAGAGAGAAGAGUGUAGUGAGCAGAUUAAUGUAUUCUAGAGAGCAUAGGAAUAUAGCGAGCAGAGUAGCAUUACAAUUGUAAUAUAAUUUUUGAUAGUGAUGUUUCUCUUUCUCAUACCACACCUUUAUUAUCUUGGUUUACCAAAAGGUAUCUUCAA